AUGCUCAUAUUGCCCACGACACACAGGCCACUUUGCGCUGGUAAUCUGUUCGGACAAGAAUCACCUGAUGAUCGUUGGGCUAAGCUCUCAAUAGCACUCGGCGACCUCAUCAAGAUACCCGUUGAAUACGAUGGCGAGGUGCUCAACUCACUCAGCAACGUGGUCCUGCUAGGUGAAUUAUCCCAGGACCAGCUUCUAUACGACGUGCUCGAAGAUGUUUUGAGCAAGCAAAAACAGUAUGAUGUCUAUACUGCGAUAAUCGAUAAGCAAAUGGAACUGCUUAGCCCGGUGUUUGCUGGUUCGGUUGGUGCUGCACGGUUAAAUUCGAUUAGGGCAGAUUUCAACCACGACGAAAUAUAG